CGGCGUUAGCACCGACGGGAAAGGAAGUGGUAUAAAAUGCACACCAACAACAUAAAUUGCAUAGUAUUCAUCAUUCUCAGAAGUCACAAACAAACACACACAAGAGAGAUAAAAGAGCAGUUACAAGAUUCUCUCGCCUGUCACGAGAACAAUGGAUAUCUGUAUGGACAAGGAGCCAGAUGGUGUGGUGGUCUAUGCUAAUGGUGAUUCUUGUAACCCAAUCCAAGAAAAUGUUUCUGUACUGCCUCCCUUAGAUUCAGUACCAAGCGAUGAAGCCAAUGGAAAUACAGAGCUUCUAUCUACAGAAGAGAGCAUAGAAGUAAAAGAAUACGAUGUUAAGGAGUGUACUAAUGAGAUUCCAGUUGCUAAGCCUUUGGAAGAUGGCAAUAUGGAGAUGGCUACCUUGAGAAAAGACGCUAAGUCGGUAAACAAGUCUGUUUUGCAUGCAAAACAUGUUUCUAAACCAGGUCGUGGGAGUAAUAAAAUAAGGAACACUGUUCCACAGCCAUUUGCUUUAGCUACUGCAAAGCGUGCUUCAUCUGCUACCCGUGAGUCUCAUGAAGUAGCAGAUAUGUACAGUAAAAUACAAAAGCAGGUUAUAAAGGUACCAAGGAAACCAUUGCAGCCAAAGAACAAGAAGCUCUCUGAUGAGGAAGAAGAUUCUUGCUCUGUUGCUUCUUAUGCCACGUCAGCUGCAAAGUCUGCUAAAUCAAGAACCAUUGUCACUGCAGCUCCUUCGUUUCGAUCCACCGAGCGUGCAGAGAAGAGGAAGGAGUUCUAUACAAAACUAGAAGAGAAACACCAAGCCAUGGAGGCAGAGAAAACGCAGAGCGAAGCAAGGAACAAGGAAGAGAACGAUGCAGCAUUGAGGCAAUUAAGAAAGAGUUUGAUGUUCAAAGCAAACCCAAUGCCUAACUUCUACCAUGAAGGGCCUCCUCCAAAGGUUGAACUUAAGAAGGUAACACACAAGCCUCCUCCAACUCGAGCAAAGUCGCCAAAACUAGGGCGUAGAAACACAAAAGAAGGGAACAGAUCCAAAGGAGUUUCGAGGCGCCAUGAAACUCGAAAGACUUUAAUAGUGAUCGCUAAAGAAGACAGUGAUGAUGCAACCACACAGAAAUCUGACCAGAUAAACCAGUUUGCUGCAGAGGAAGUGAACCGAAAUUUGAAACCGGAACCGGAGACUGCUUUUGCUUGCUAAACAGUCUUUUGGUAACAAGGAACUGAGAGUGGUGUUGUUUCUGUUGUGAGAAUGUGUGGGAUGGUUUGUGCUUUUUAAAUUAUUUUAACUUAUGAUUUGAAAUGUAAAUGUGUGUAACUUAAUGUUAUUUAUGUUGUGUUUAAUUAUGAAUGUGUGUACACAUAAAAGCAUGAAUCUUUCCUGUUGAGCUUGUA